ACAAUUAGUCAAUUAGGGAAUAAGAAUAGCGGGUCCUAAUCAAAAGAAGAAGAAUCCCAAUCGCAAGGUGUGCGGCACGCAAGACGCACAUAUAAAAUAAACAAAACCCACGCUAAUCCCAACCUGCAUCACGCAAGAAAGAAAGAAAGAAAGAAAGAAAGAAGAUGCAGAUCUUUGUGAAAACGCUGACUGGGAAGACUAUCACUCUCGAGGUCGAGAGCAGCGAUACCAUUGACAAUGUCAAAGCCAAGAUCCAGGACAAGGAAGGUAUCCCUCCAGACCAGCAGAGACUGAUUUUUGCUGGUAAGCAAUUGGAAGAUGGUCGGACUCUUGCUGAUUACAACAUCCAAAAGGAGUCAACACUUCACCUAGUUUUGAGGCUUAGGGGAGGAACUAUGAUUAAGGUGAAGACUUUGACUGGAAAAGAAAUUGAGAUUGAUAUUGAACCAACUGAUACCAUUGAUCGGAUCAAAGAACGGGUCGAGGAAAAAGAAGGAAUUCCUCCAGUGCAGCAAAGGCUUAUUUAUGCUGGUAAGCAGCUUGGAGAUGACAAAACAGCUAAGGACUACAAUAUUGAGGGGGGUUCUGUCCUUCAUCUGGUGCUUGCGCUGAGGGGUGGCAGCCUUUAAGUAGUUAUUUAUCUUAGGAGACUCAUUGAGGCUCUAUUUUGUACUGAAUACUUUAUGAACUUAUGACUUACUGCAUGUGUGAUAAACCGAAAAAAAGUGGGUGGAAGCUUGUUUUAAUUAAGUUAAUCUGGUACUUAAUGCUGUUAGUUUGCCUUA